GUGGUUGGCUCUGUUCAAUGGUUCUUUGUUUUCUCUCUUAGUGCAAAAACGUCAGUAUCCACGCGGUAAUUGUGGUCAUCCCUAUUCAGUCGCUCUUAAAUCCUCGCUCUUGAUGCAAGCCUCAUUGUACCUGCACGCGGUGAGUCUGACGAGUGAACGAUGGUUGUGUUUGGCUAUGUUCGGUGGCUCUUUGUCUUUGCUCUUGGCGUUACUUCUCUGCAAGCUGGAAGCGAAAAUCAGUUAGGCAACCUAGGGCCUUCCAAAGGUUCAGACGUUGUUCUUCAAUCAUCGCAAAACAUUGUUGCAUCCUGCAACGGCUGGCUGGACACCAGUCUGUGCCCACUCAAACAAGAUUUAUCUCGAGGAUUAGUACUACAUUAUACGUUCGACAAUGCGGACAAUCUAGCUCAGGAUUCAACAGAAAAUGGUUACAAUGGAAAGGUCGUUGGUCUGGUGACGCACAGCUCGGGUGUGCUAGGAGGAGCAGCCUACUUUGUCGGUACAUUCAGCAAGAUUAGACAACAUCAUUACAUCGAAAUACCCAACGUCAUCAACACGAGGGCAUACACGGUGGCAAUGUGGAUCAACUUGAAGUUACCGGAGGGUCACAACACUCUACUCAUGCUUCACGGAGCACAGAGCUCGUGGCCGGCAUCCAAUCUGUUCAUCUUCACUAGUCACGGAAAACUAGCCGUUUUUCAAAGUCAACAAGAUGUUCGAUACGAUGACUUUCCGCUGCCUCUCAGUAAUACCUACCCUAACCUUGUUCCACGGAUGAGCAAUGCUCCGUCACUUACUGCUUACACUUGGCAUCAUAUCGCUGUGACUUAUUCGGAAGGACGUCUCAGUGCCUAUGUCGACGGUCUGUUGGCUUACGAAUUUAUCAACGUGCGUCCGGUUCCUGAAACGCCAAAAUCUCAAUCUCUGUACGUCGGCGAUUGCCUUUGUGUACACUCGAGCCAUCCUACUUCUUAUGAAAUCGAAGGAUCGGUAGACGAUCUGCGCGUGUACAAUCGUGCAUUGGGUCCUCUUGAAGUGAAGCAGCUAGGCAGUUGAACACAGAGACACAGAUUUCGUGAGAACAAUGAGUUUUAGUGCUGCUCCAGCUUGUUUUUUUUUGUUAUGAUGCUAAGCUAUGCUCCAGAAAUGAAUGACCGUCUUUAGAUGUUAGGUGAUAGAACAGUGCGGUUUUCUUUGAAUCUAUAAAUGUAUACGUAUAUACAAGUGUGGCACUUGCAUGACAAGCAACUCAAUAAAUGCGUGACAAAUGCAAA